UCUGCCAGUUGUGUUGUUAGAAACAUCACAAACCUUAACAGUCAUUGUUGCAAGUUUGUUGAGUUCUCCGGAGUCGUUAGUGUUAAAUUAGACACCGAAGAUCGUUUGUUUCUUUUCUUUUUUUAUUUAAUAAAAAAUAGCUUUUUUUUCGUUCUUAAUUCAUAUUCACAUUUCAUCGUGAUCCCUAGGCGUUUAUAAGAGGGGCAAGAUGAUAUUCCCCUGGAAAUCUUUGAUUUUUUCAUUCCUGGUCACGUUGUGCCUGGGAAAGUAUGUUCAAAAUGAACAUCACAACUCCCCUGAAUCGACACUGGAUCCAAACUGCUACAGAGGCCAAGAAUAUUGGUGUAAGAAUAUAACAACAUCGGUACAGUGCAAUGCAUUUAAGCACUGCGUCCACGGUGUCUGGGAGAAAGAAAAGCCAAUUGAACUUGAUGAGUCUACCGUAUGUCAGACUUGUAUCGACAUGGUCAAACUAGCAAGGGAUCAGCUAAACAGCAACGAAACACAGGAAGAACUACGUCAAGUCUUGGAAGCCUCUUGCAAAGUUAUUCCAGUUAAAGCCCUAAGGAAUGAUUGCAAUAAGAUGAUGGACGAUUUCGGUUCAUAUCUUGUUGACACUCUUUCAUCCCAAAUGGACCCUAAUGUUGUAUGCUCUGUCGCUGGACUUUGCUACAAUGAAAAACUCUCUCAUCUCAAGACAGGGGAGAAAGUUAAGUUGAAUUGUAACAACUGUUUUGAACUUAUGCAACAAGUUAAAGGAAACAUUGAGUACGCAUCCAAUGAUGAUAUAUUCACAGCUCUCUCCGGUAUUUGUGGAAGAUUGGGAUCAUUCUCAGACAUUUGUGCUUCGUUGAUUGCUGAGCACAUGGAGAAUGUAGAUGCGAUGAUCAGGAAUUACAUAAGACCAAAGCCGGUUUGUACAUUGGCUGGAGUUUGCAGCAAUAAAUUUCACACUCACGAAAAACUAGCUAGAGUGCCUGUUGGAUUCAGAUCCAAUGUUGAAGUCAUCCAUAAUGACGAUUUGCCUUGUGAGCUUUGCGAACAAUUGGUCAAGCACUUGAGAGACGAAUUAGUUGCCAACACAACAGAACAGGAAUUCAAACAAGUUAUUCAUGGCCUUUGCAUGAUGACUGUUUAUAAAGAUAAAUGUGACAACCUAGUAAAUGAAUAUUAUUCCUUGGUGUAUCAAUUUCUUGUUAAUGAAUUAGAUGCUAAGGCUUUAUGUCAGGAAAUCAGCAUCUGCCCACAAAAGGCUGGAAAAGUCAUUCGUCCACUAUUGUUGGAUAGAGAGUCUCCCCAGCAACUUCCAAUUGAAAGAAUGACCCCAUUGACAAUAAUCCCUGGCUCAUUUAAAACCCAAAACGGCCUAAUGAACAAAGAAUUGUGCUCUUUCUGUGAAUACUUCCUUCAUUUUGUCCAACAGGAAAUCUCUUUACCGAGCAGUGAGAAGGAAAUUUCCGAUGAAGUAAAGAAAGCCUGUUCUAAACUCCCAUCGACUGUGACUGAACAGUGCGAUUCUUUCGUGGACACGUACAUGGCUACAUUCAUCGCCCUUCUAGCCCAAAGAAUUGACCCGUCUCAGGUCUGUCCCCAUCUUGGAGUUUGCCCUGGCACACUUGUAGCGGUUGAAUACAACGAUAAACCGACUUGCCCACUUUGUUUACUCGCAAUGGAAGCCACCUUAAGGAAAAUUGAAAACAAGACAGAGACUGAUAUCGAUGACGCUUUGGAUGAUCUUUGCUUGAUUGAUGUAUUCCCUAAUUCACUCACUACAGAGUGUGUCAAAUUCAUAACGGACUACAGGAGGCCGAUCACAGAUAUGAUUCUUGCCGAGUUUACAUCUCAGGAGUCUUGCGUUUACAUCGACCUUUGCAAAAUCCCGCAUUCAUUCUCAGAAAAUCUUCCGGUAGCUCUUCCAGUCGGAGACACAAAAACUAAUGAAAUUCGCCCAAUUGGUAGUAGCAAUUUAUGUGUACUUUGUGAAUUUGUUAUGUCCAAAGUUGAAAACCUAUUGAAAAACAAAUCGAGUGAGGAAGAAAUAAAGGCCGAUGUUAUGAAAGUAUGCAACUAUAUGCCAAAGACAGUAGCGGCAGAGUGUAAAUCGUUCGUUUCUCAGUAUGCCGAUCUUGUAUUAGAUCUGCUAGCACAGGAAGUUGACCCAAAAGAAGUUUGCACUGCGAUGAGUUUGUGUGCCAAAGCCAACACUCUUAUUGCUGGCCCGGUUAAAAAAUGCAUUGCUUGUGAGCUGCUUAUGGAUAGCUUGAGAACCAUUUUGACCGAUCCUAGCUUAGAUCAUGAUUUGAAUAUGGAUCUCCUUAAAGCUUGUAAUAGCUUUCCUGAACACGAAAUUUCCUUUUGCAAAUCAAUGGUGAUGCAGCUGGCUCCACAAAUUGAAGCGGCGCUCAGGUCUUUGCCAGUGGGCCCAUUGGUUUGCAGGAGAGUUCACAUGUGUGAAGACAAUCACGGUCACAGAGUUCAAUUGUAUGGACAAAUGGACAACUCUCAGUGCUAUCUGGGUUCUUCUUAUUGGUGUAGUUCAACAAUUAGAGCUGCUGAAUGUUUGAAAAUUGAUUACUGCCAACUUAAUGUUUGGCAUGGCGACAAACCACCCAAAACUUACUUGAAGGGAACUAAAGUCAUUUAAGACGACAAUUGGAUUAAUAAUUUAUAUUGAGACUGUUUUCUUAGAGUAAUAAUAUUGUAAAAAUUAAAACGUAGGAGUAAUAAUUUUGGAAAACGUUCUGUAAGAUCUGUAAAAAGACAUUUAAUUGAUUAAAAACUGUUUUAUUGGAUGACAAAAGUGUAAACAUAAUUUUUAAAAAUGUAGUUACCAAUAAAGGGAAUACCGAUUAA